AUGGAAGCCAUUGGCAACAUGCAUAGAAGCGUGAUCACUGGGCUGGAGUGCAUCCAAACCAAUACGGCAAAGAUCCUCCAGGACCAGGAGAAGGACUUGAUGCGUGCCUUCAGAGCAAGGCUGCAGGAGGUCUCCAAGGACUUGGAGGCGCAGCGCAGCAGAAAAGGUGAGCACUCCACCGAGCAGCAAGCGCACCAUCGAAGGGUGGUUGCCGAGUUGCACAAAACGCAGGAGUUAGCUCAGACCUUCGACAAGAAGAACCAGCAGCUUACAGCGGAAAAUGCGAAGCUGCAGGAAAAACUGAGGACGCGUGAGGACGACCGCAAAGCACUGCUACGUGAACUCGUCCUUUCCAGGAAGGAAGUCCAAGCGCUGAAGUCGCAGCAGGCUUCCGGUGCGAAGCCUGCCGAAGUGCCUGAAGCCAAGGAGGCAGAGCCCAAGCCCAACAGGCGGAGUUUCUCUCAAAAGCAGAUAGAUCAAGCGAGGCUUCAGCAAACGCAUAACAAGCAGUACGAAAGGGAGGUAGCUCUGCGAGAGGCAGCUUUAAAGCUGAAGCGAAUGGUGGAUGCUGAGCGGCGAACCGUCGUGGCGCUGAAGCAGCAACAGGCUGACAUGUUGCAGCAAAGAACGGAGCUGGAGGUCCUGCUCCGACAAAGCUUGGAUGAUGUGAAGGCAGAAAUCCUGCGGAUGCAGAUGCAGGAGGAGGGGAAGGACGCGACCGUCCCGGGAGGUUCUAGCCCACCUCUGGCAUCAGUGUCUGUUCACGAGCUGAGCGCCCAAGACCGUGAGCGGGUCCUGGAGCUCCUCCUCUCGCAGCAGCGGGUCGUGCAGCUGCUUUAUCAGAAGACUUUUCCUCAGGAGCCUGCCAAUCCUCCAGCCUCUGCUCCUUCUCAGAGUGCCGCAGCGGGUGAUGAGUUUGCAUGGCUGGGUGACAUCAUCCCAUCCGACGAGGGCGAAGUCGGCCCCUAG